GGGGUCGGGUCGUUCGCUGCGGUGCCGCCAUGGGCGGGCGGAUCGAGUGCGUGUUCUUCAGCGAGUUCCACCCCACGCUGGGGCCCAAGAUCACCUACCAGGUCCCUGAGGAUUUCAUCUCCCGGGAGCUGUUCGACACCAUCCAGGUGUACGUGAUCACGAAGCCCGAGCUGCAGAACAAGCUGAUCACUGUGACAGCCAUGGAGAAGAAGCUGAUCGGCUGCCCCGUGUGCAUCGAACACAAGAAGUACAGCAGGAACGCUCUGCUCUUCAACCUGGGCUUCGUGUGCGACGCCAGAGCCAAGGCCUGUGCCCUGGAGCCCAUUGUGAAGAAGCUGGCUGGCUACCUCACCACCCUCGAGCUGGAAAGUGGCUUCAUCUCCAACGAGGAGAGUAAACAGAAGCUGGUCCCCAUCAUGACCAUCCUGCUGGAGGAGCUGAAUGCCAAAGGGAAGUGCACCCUGCCCAUAGAUGAGUCCAACACCAUCCACCUGAAGGUGAUCGAGCAGCGCCCGGACCCCCCCAUCGUGCAGGAGUACGAUGUCCCCGUCUUCACCCAAGACAAGGAUGACUUCUUCAACUCCCAGUGGGAUCUCACCACGCAGCAGAUCUUGCCCUACAUAGACGGCUUUCGGCACGUCCAGAAGAUUUCCGCGGAAGCCGACGUGGAGCUGAACCUGGUGCGGAUCGCCGUGCAGAACCUGCUGUACUAUGGGGUUGUCACGCUUGUCUCCAUACUCCAGUACUCCAAUGUCUACUGCACCACUCCGAAGGUCCAGGACCUGGUGGAUGACAAGUGUCUCCAGGAAGAGUGUCUGUCCUACGUCACCAAGCAAGGGCACAAGCGAGCCAGCCUCAGGGAUGUCUUCCAGCUGUACUGUGGGCUGAGCCCUGGCACCACUGUGAGAGACCUCAUCUCCCGCUACACCGUGCAGCUCCAGAGGGUGGAUGAGAGGAGGCUUAUCCAGUUUGGUUUGAUGAAGGGCCUUAUCCGGAGGCUCCAGAAAUACCCCGUAAAGGUCACGCGGGACGAGCGGAGCCACCCGGCCCGGCUGUACACAGGCUGCCACAGCUACGACGAGAUCUGCUGCAAGACCGGCAUGAGUUACAAGGAGCUGGAUGAGCGCCUGGAGAACGACCCCAACAUCAUCGUGUGCUGGAAGUGACGGCGGGGGCGGCCCGCACCAGAACCCGCGUGUCCCCCAUGUCCCCCCAAGCCGCGCGUGUCCCCCGUGGGUCCCCCGUGGGUCCCCCGUUCCUCCGCGCCGCCAGGGGGCAGCA